CACCCCCAGGCCCUGUCAAGCCCCCUAUAAACUUGAGUAGCCCUCUCCAAGCAAGUCAGACUUCAUCAUGCCGCGAGGAUCGAAGAACCGUCAGAGCUCCCAGUUCAAGAAAGGACACACACCAUGGAACCGUGGCCAGAAGAUGCAUCGUGAAACACAGCCGGAUCCACCCACCUACCAGAGACCAACAGAAGAACAAUAUCAUCUUCUGGUGAAUACAGACAGACAAGGAGAACCAAUUGAAGACCUCGCCAGGAUAGCCGUGGAGGAAAGUCGACCUCCUCUGCUUCGCCCCAAGAAGGAACCGAGCAAGAUGGACAGGAUCCUGGGCAUAGAGGAAGACGAGGAUGGGAGGGAUGAAGAAGAUGAAGAAGAUGACACUAUUUCCGGGUACAGGUACUGGCUGGGACAUGCUGCCAUGAUGGCUUGCGCCACCGCCCAGAGACAGCAUGACGACAGGUCUUCUUGUAGGAAGCUCAUCUACGCAUCAGCGAAGAGAGAGGAGACGAGGGGAAUUGUGUCCUCGGAAACUUUCGUCUGCAACGCCUGUGAGUACGUUUCACAAUCAUAUAAGUGCUAUGAGGAGGUGGAGACGGGGAAGAGAGGCAAGAAACUAGCAGCCCAAACAUGGCAUUACAAAUAGCACUAUUCAAUAACCCAAUAGGA